AUGGGGGGCCCGCACCCCCAUGCUCCUUGCUCCCGCAUCUCGAUGCGCCCCAUCCGAAUCGGACCGGCGGCAUGCUCUCUAGCCCAUGGCCCGGCACCCCGCCGCGUCACCCGGCCUAAGCUUCGAGGCCCGCGCCCAGCGGAUCGAAUCCCGCCGGCCAAAAGAUGGACCGAGGAUUUGAUCGCCCGGGCGGGAUCCGAUCGGAUCGUGUCCGUGGGGGCGGCGAGCGACGCGGCUGCCGGGCCGUCGCCUGGUGGCCAGGGCGUGAUCGACCGGGCACGGAGCUUCUUCAACGUCUUCUCGGACCCUUCGUGCAACCGGCGGCUGUUCGCGCUGGCCUUCGGGCAGAUGCUGUGCUCUGCGGCCACGCUGAUCCACGACACCUACCUGCCGGUGUACAUGCAGGACGUUCUGGGUCUCAGCAACACCAAGAUUGGCGCCGUGCAAGGCAUCGCCCAGUUCCUCGCGCAGCUGGCGAAGGGCGUCAGCGGCAUCGUGGGCGACAUCCUCGGGUCGCAGGUCAGGAUGGUGGUCUUCGGCACGUUCCUCACCCUCCUCUGCAAGCCCAUGUUCGCGCUGUCCUACCCGGUGAUGAAGAUCUACGGCUCCAUGGUGGCGCUAUACUGGAUCGUCAUUGGCAAGCUGUGCGAUCGGCUGAGCAAGGGCAUCAGGGAGGCACCUACAAAGGCGGUGAUGAACGAGCUCGCGGCAGAGUCGGGGGACAGCCCCGACCCGGCGUAUGGAAUGAGGCAGUCACUGGCAACUGGAGGGGCGCUUAUUGGCUCCAGUGCAGCUGCAGCCAUAUUUGCAGCGACAGGCCAGAGCUACAUUCUUACUUUUGUGGCAGCGGCCGUACCUGCAUUUUUUGCCCUUUGUUGGCUAACAGUGAGCUUUAAGGACGAUUUGUCUUCCAAGAAGCGUGUAGCAACCCAAGACAAAGGUCAGGCAGAAGACUCUACCGAAUCUUCGACCAGCCUUUUGUUCAAGGCAAAGGCAUUGCUGGGCAGUUUCAAGCCAGUCUACUGGCAGGCGCUGGCUGUGGUAGUCAUCCUGUACUUUGCGCGAUUUGACGCGUCGUUCUUGAUGCUGAGGGCAAAGCAGGUGAUGCCAAAGACAGAAAUCGCAUCGAUACUGGCUCUGAACAUGGCAGUUCAGGCCUUCAUGACUGCACCAUUGGCCAAGCUUGCAGGGCAGAGUGUGUCCAGCAGGAACACUAUGCUGACCCUUGGUUUCUUGGCGAUGAUUGCUGCGGAUGCUGCGUUUGGACUGCCGUUUUUCGGUCACAGAUGGGGCAUGUGGCUGGGCGCAACCUUCCUGGCGUUGCACAUGUCGAUGACCCACAGCAUCACCCUCUCAAUGGUGGGUUCAUACAUGCCCACGGGAGAGGUUAAGGGGGUCGGCAAGCUCAGUGGAACUGCGUGGUCGCUAACCGACAUUCUUCUGGGCUUUGCUCUGGUGGCCAGCAACUACGUCGCCGGCGUGCUCUCCGACGUCACGGCGACAAGAGGCCUGGGGAACGUUGGCUGCUUUGCGGGCGGCGCCACCGCAUGCCUGCUGGCUAUACUCCUUCUGAACUUGUUUGCAAGGUUUGGCGAUUUGGAGAAGCAGGAGCUCGUGGUUAAGAGGAAGAGAGGGAAGUAG